AUUUGAAAUUGUUUAAAACUUGAAUUUUAAAUUUUUUGAAUCUAAAAUUCUUCGAUUUACAAGCAAUUAGCCUUUGUUUUUUUGCUUUGUUGUGUCAUUUAAUGUGUGGGGCUUUUGUUAAACAUAUUUAAAAAUACUUCCGAAUUCUACAAGUCUGAAGUAAUAAUAAUGUCUGCUAGGCAAAACUACGAACAACAUUAAAUCAAGAAUGCACAGCAGAUCAACUGACUUUUGAUCAUCUUGAAAAGUUCAGGAUGUAGAACCAAUGAAUUUUGCCGAUUAGGAUAGUAAUCCUUCAUGUUCAACUUCAACAAACCCAAACUGCUUCAUCCAUAACAUCUCUUUCACCAAACCAAAUAUUAAAGCAACAAGCAUGUCUGGACCAAAGUUGAGUGAUUUGCCUGACGAAAUCUUGGAAAAUAUAUUCAAACAAUUAGAUGAUUAUUAUGGAAAGAAAACAAUCAAAAGUUUGACUGAAGUGUUCAGUCGAUUUAAUGACAUAAUAAGCGGAAGUACUGAUUUGAUGAAGUUGCUGACUGUUUAUUGGAGCCCAAAGAAGGAUAAUGAUAUUGGUUUUAUGCUAGCAAGCAAGCGAAAGUAUCAAAACAUUUCAAUAAAGAAAGUCGAAUGUGUUGAUGAGAGCUUGUUGACUUUCCUUAACAAAAAUCCCUUUGCUGAUGUUUCAAUUCAAAACUCUUCAUUAAAUGUACAAGAAUUGAGGGAUAUAAUCAAAGCUGUGGCUAAGAAUAUCGAAAAAUUAAACCUCGAUGAGUUGGAACUAUCAAGUGAAGCUGAACAUUAUAAAGAUCUAGUUGACUUUCCAAAAUUGGAAAAAAUACGUAUUACAGGUAUAGAAUGCAAACAGAUGUCACAAAUAUUUAAGUUAUUCAGAGGUGCUACUAAUGUGAUUAAAUUUGAUUACAAUGACCAGCGCAGACUUGAAGUUUAUGAGGCUUAUCAAUUUUCAAGAAUGGUGGCAUGUUUUGAUGGAUUAAAGAACUUACAGCUUCACACAUUUGAGCCAUACUUCUUUAACGAUGACUAUUUUGCUAAAAAUGCCACAUUUCAAUUGCAAAAGUACAGCCAUGAAAGUACUGACGGAGAAUAUGGUGAAUUGGAUUUUGAGCCAAUGGAUUAUGAAGAACAAUUUGCAAAUGGUUGUGUCCACUUGAAGAAUUUCUUGAAUCGUCAACGAGCUAGUUUGGAAUCAAUGCGAAUUAACCGAUUUCCAAUUUCGUCCGAAAUUGUUGACAGUAUUCUGGCUAUGGACAAAUUAUCAUUCUUAGCUUUAUUCAAAUGCGUUUAUCGUACGUCAAAACCAAUAACUGUAAAAAAUAAGUCAAUUAAAAUGCUUAAGAUAGGACAUUUCCAUGAGUAUGAUGAAGAAUAUCGAGAAGGUCAAUUAGAUCGUGACACAGAAAUAGGAUAUACAGCUAUUCUAUCAAACUGCUUAAAUGUUGAAGACUUGAGUCUAUUCAAUCUUGAAGUUACUUCCGGAAUAUCGAUGUGCAUUGCUCUUUACAUGAAAAGUUUGGAAAGCAUUACAUUUGUUGAAAAUGGUUCUAUAUUUCCGAUGACAUUCGCAAGUGUUAAAACUAUGGACUUUUCAGUUAUUCGCUUUAUGGAUUACAAUGACGUGUUAAAGCUUCUUCAGGUUAAUCAACAGUUGAAAGUCUUAAACUUACCAAGUGAAGUUAAGAAACAUCCAAACUAUUUGCCAACGAUGAGAAUGCUGAAUCUUGAGAAAUUAAUGUUCCUUUUCCCUUUUUAAACGUUUAAAGUUAAUAAUCAAAAAUAUAAAGUUUAAAAAAUAACAGUGAUGUAAAAUUUAAAAAUAACGGUGAAAACACAUUCAAACUACGAUGUCUCGUUAUUGAGAUUUCUUGCUGAUUAACUUGCUUGCUUACAGAAAGCGUAUUUUGCGAUUUUCUCAGCAAUGCCGCAACCAGUUUGAAAUCUUUUUUUUGCAAAGAUGUGAAAUUCCGGGCACAAACUUUUCAUCUCUGAACAUUUUAAGCUAUCUUGCUCCAUAUCCUCACAAAAUUCAAAAAACUGAUUUUUCAAUCUGAAUAAAACCAAUAGAUUCACACGUGAAAACGGUGUGAAUAUAAAAAUUCAAAAAUGAUCAAUUUAAAAUUUUAACAGUCACAAAAUACAUUACCAAGUGUAAGCUGGUUCAAAAUAAAGAAGAUUUAAGUCAUGGAACAAAAAAAGACAAUUUCUUCCAAUAUCGUAUGGAUGAUGCUCGGUGUAAAAAAAAGGUCAAGAGGGAGUCAUAAAAAUGGAAAAAAGUUUUCUUCGUCUCACACGUAUGUUAAUCCGUUGAAAUAUUCUGAGAAAAUAAUAAUUUUUAUCUUCCUUCUUUUUUUAAAGCUAGUAACAGAUCACUUCUGUUGGACUGGAAUGUUGAUUUAAAGCGAAUUUUUCAUUGAUAAUUUUGAAAAAUUCAAUUUGAAAUUUUUAACGCACUUUUGAAAUUUGAAUUUAGUCAAGAAACAAUUUUAGCAAAGACACUUUUUUAAAAUUAAAACCCGUUUAAAUUUUAUGAAACCGUUAAAAUUGAUCAAAAUUCAUCAUGACAUUUCAAGAGACAUACAUCAAACAGUACUAUUGACAUAGCACCAGACAACUUCAUCAAAAAUCAUGCUAAAUAGUAGAAGCAGCUUUAGUGGUGAACCGUAAUGUUUCUUCUGUUAAGUAAGAUGAUUUGAAAACGGUAAAUAUGAUGAAGAAACACGACCCGAUGUUAAAUAGACAUAGAUGCAUAAAAAAUAUUUUUGUCAAAACGCUUUACUUCAUCAAUUUCAAAGGGGUAGCACAAUCAUAAAUAAGAAAUAAUUUAUGAAUGCUUUAUGGACUUUUGAUGUGCGACAUACAUGCUUCACAUUUUUUUGAAAUAAAACAAAUUUGACUUAUAUUGCAUACGGUUGGUGGUUUAUGGUGAUAUGAAACCUUUUAAAAAUAUUAACUUGAGCAUCCCUUUCAAUCACACUAAAGGAUUACGAGACACUGACUCAAGCAAUGUAUGUGCUGAGUAUUUUCUGAGAAUUCAAGGGUUUGUAGGAUGUUUAAGAAUGGGAUAACUUUGAAGGAAAAUUGUAUAAUUUUGUUUAAAAAAAACCUUUUAAGUUAUCAAGGAACUGUACGGUUUUUACUUGUGCACAGGUGCCUGUAUCGCAACCGUUUUGAACUGAACUGAAAUGAGAUCUUUAACAACUGAACAGAUUUUAAAUAUUUGUCGUUACAAUUUUAUUAAUCUUUCCAAAAACAUAUUUUGAUUUAAAUGUUUCUUAAUCUUAAUUGAACUCUAAUGUUUCCAGAUCCAAUCCGUCCAUAGCAAUUUCAUAUUUAGGAUGAGUCUCAAGAAUUCGUGGAAUUUUAAUGAAUUUAAGUUGACGAUUGACCUGAAGUACUCUAAUUAUGCUAUCAAUGUUCAUAAUAUCAAUGAAAUCCAUUGAUGUGACUGUUGGAAUUGUCAUUGGAAAGAUAUGAAUUAACUUAUUAAAUACAAUUUUUUGUAAGUUUUUUAAAUGAUUGACAAUCGAUAGUGCCAAGUCAAAUGUGAAGCUACUGUACACGACAGUUAGAUGUUGAAUAUCAGCACAACUUGAAAUGAUUUCACAAAUAGGAUUAACACGAGUACAAUCUAGAAUAAUCGUAAGAUUUUUAAUGGAUGUAUUUGUCUUGGAUGGUUUUUGAAUAAAAUGUGAUGAAUAGCUGUGAAUAGUAAGAUCCUGUAGAUUUUCCAAAUCAUGAAUGCAUUCAAUGACGUCGGAUGUUAUCGGAAGAUUAGUUAUAUUAAGUUCAUUUAAAUUGCUUCGCUGACUUUUCAAGAAACUUAGCAAAUGAACGUAUCUUCUGUUGAUAAACUCUUCUGAUCUGCCAUAAAGAACGUUAAAAACCAGCAGAUUGCAUAUUUCCAGCUUAAAAUUGGCGUUCUUAGUCAGGAAAUCAUUUUCAAAUAACUGCAGCUCAAAAAUACCAACAUCCAGUACAGCCAAUUUGUGGAAACUUGCAAUCAUUUGAGAAAGUGCGGUGAUUUCUUGUUCAUCUAAACUUCGAGAUUCUCGGUAAAUUAGUAUCUAUAAAUAAACUAUAAUUAAUAAUAGUUUAAUUAAAACUUUUUUUUUUGUCUCGCUUACAUCAGUAUUUGCACCAAUAAAGAAAUUGAAGAUUAAUGACAUUUUAUCAUGCCUAGUAGCAUUUAAAUAGAGCGAUUCCAUUUUUGGAAAAUUAACUGGAACUGUUUCCUUUUCGCCCCAAAUGUUGACGCCAUAAAGCUUUAAAUCCAAAAUGUUAUCUCCAACAAUUUUGAAUAUCAAUUCGCAGUCAAAUAUUGAUAAUGAGGAGUUGUUUAUUGAUAACUCAGUUAAUGUAGAGCUGUGCGAGUUGAGAAAAUGCACUAGAUCUUGAUUUAGUCCAAUCUCUUCGAUUUCAAUGUUUCUGUACUUUCGCUUGCUCAAAAGGAGUGGCUUGACAUCCUUAAACUUUACUUCCUUCCAUACGAUUACGAAUUUAUCCAUUAAUUUGGCACUUGAGCCGAUUACACCAUUAAACUUUGUGCAAACUUCUGUCAGUUCCUUAAUUUUCCUAUUUGAUGCGUGAAAAAUUAUUUUUUCGAGAAUUUCUUCAUGUAAAUCAAUUAUGUUGAUUUCUGCCAUAUCCU